AUGAGUUGGCUCGCAGUCCAUGCCCGCCGGUGGCGCGCCGUCACGCCCGCAACCGGGCUGGUGCGCUGGCUGUCGUCCAACGCCGCGGACAAGUUCCAGGAGGUCACUGCCAGCGAUAUCCAGCGGUUCCAGGAGCUCCUCGGCCCCGACGGCGUGGUCACGAGCGAGGACCGCCUCGAGUCCUACCGCGUGGACUGGAUGAGGAAAUACCGAAGCGAGUCUCCCGUUGCGCUCCUGCCAAGGUCUACGCGCGAGGUCGCGAGCGUGCUGCGGCACUGCUCCGCGCGCAACAUCCCCGUCGUGCCGCAGGGAGGCAACACGGGCCUCGUCGGCGGCAGCGUCGGGAUCGCCCGCGAGGUCACGCUCAGUCUGUCGCGAAUGAACCAAGUGGUCAGCAUCGACGAGAGCUCGGGCAUCGCGGUGGUCGAGGCGGGCGUGGUGUUGCAGCACUUGGAGGACGCGCUGGCGAAACACGGGCUUGCGGCGCCUGUGGAGUUCGGGGCGCGUGGGUCGUGCCAGCUGGGCGGCAUGGUCGCGACGAACGCGGGCGGCAUGCGCGUCCUGCGGUACGGGUCGCUGCAGGGCUGCGUGCUCGGGCUGGUGUGCGUGCUCGCGGACGGCGAGGUGGUGGACCUGAUGGGCGGCGGCGCGCGGUCCGACACCGCGCUGCGGAAAGACAACACCGGCUUUGCCCUGAAGAACCUGCUCAUCGGCUCCGAGGGCACCCUCGCCGUCGUCACCCGCGUCGCGCUCCUCUGCCCGCCCGCCCCGGCCUCCCACCAGGUCGCCCUGCUCGCCUGCCCCACCUUCGACGCCGCCCUCGGCGUCCUGCGGCUCGCCCGGCGGCACCUCGGCGAGAUCCUCGCGUCGUUCGAGUUCUUCGACGCCGCGUGCGCGGACGUCACGGCCAGGCACGGCGUGCAGAACCCGCUGGCGGCGGGGGACCGGGAUCCGUGGCCGGUGUAUCUGGUGGUGGAGACGCACGGGGCGCGAGAGGAGCAUGACAGAGAGAAGCUGGAGGACUUCCUGGGGGCCGCGAUGGAGGACCGCGAGGGCGGGGGCGGGCUCGUGGGCGACGGCGUGAUGGCCGAGGGCUCGGAGCAGGCCGACGCCAUCUGGGCGCUGCGCGAGCGCAUCACGGAGUCGAUGGCGCGCGAGGGGCGCGUGUACAAGUAUGACGUGUCACUCCCCCCCCACGCCAUCUACCAGCUCGUCGAGGCCACCCGCGCCCGCGUCGCCGCCGCCUGCCCCGGCGCCCAGGCGUUCGGCUUCGGACACCUCGGCGACGGCAAUCUCCACCUCAACGUCGUAGCGCCGCAGGACGCACGCGACCUCACGGAGGUGCUCGAGCCGUGGGUGUACGAGCAGGUCCGGAACGAGGGGGGCAGCAUCAGCGCGGAGCACGGGCUCGGGCGGAUGAAGCGCGACGCCGUGCUGUACUCGCGCACGCCGUCGGCGAUCGCAGCGAUGGCGCGCGUCAAGAGGGCGCUGGAUCCGCAGGGGCUGCUGAAUCCGGGCAAGGUGCUGCCGGAGUGGGCGAUCACGGCGGCGGAGUGUGACAAGUGCGAGUGA